AUGGUGAAUGAUUCACAUAGUACAUUUUACGUUCGACAAUUAUAUCCGAGAAAUCAACGUGAAACUUUAAUAAGAACGUCUGGAAUAACUACUGAAAUUCAAGGUCCAAUUGUUACAUCGAAUGAUCAUCCAGAAACGUCAGUGAUAGCAACAGUAACAGAUUUUGAAUGCAACUUCUGGGUAUAUGUAGCCAUGGUGACUAGACAAGACACUGCAAGAGCUUCACAAAAGUUACUCAAUACUCUUACAGGCAUAUAUGUAGAUCUAUUCACCGGUACACUCUAUACUGUAAAAUGGAAGCCGAGUGGUGCAAUUGGUACGGUAAUGGUUGGUGUUUGCAGUACACAGGGAUUUAACGAAGUCUUUCUGUUUAAACUUAAAGGAUUAACGUUUGACAAAUACGGUAAUAUGUAUGUUGCUGGUCAACUGAGCAGUCCAUAA